AAUCCCGUCUUCCCUAAAACCAAACUCUGUUUAGGUUUCUCUGCAUUUGGGCAAUUUCUGAGAUUUUAUCGGAGGACGAAGAAGGAAGAAUGCCGGGGUUAACUUGCAACGCAUGUAACAAGGAAUUCAAUGACGAUUCAGAGCAAAGACUUCAUUACAAGUCCGAUUGGCACCGUUACAAUCUCAAGCGAAAGGUCGAUGUUGAAUCAUUGAAUAGCUGAAGAAUCUGAAUUUUUAUGAUGUUUUGAAUGUGGAUUCUUCAUAUAAAGGUGUUUGGUUGAU